AUGGGUUCCCAGGCAGCGGCUUUACCGCCGAUGAGCUUUGGAAUCGAAUUCGAGUUUCUUAUGUUCGGAAAGGAUCUGAAACCCGGGGCGACCCUCGAGGCGUUCCAGCGGAAUCACCCUGGGAUUAUACCUAUGCCAGCUGAUGAGGACGUAAUUGAUAGCUCUCGGCAGUGCGUUAUCGAUUAUCUGCGCUCCAACGGAGUCCAGAUCAACGACUUCACAGAGUCCGAUGCAGCCACGCCGCCAUCUGCGCCUUUAGGUGGACAUCUCCCGGCCAUCCCGGGCCACGUCGUCCGAGUCCCGCAGGUAGAGUACCGCCGAUGGACGCUGAAGUUGGACGCGACAGUUAACCUCUCGACUGAGGACAACAUAGGCCGCAAAUAUGAAAAAUACACGGCGCUGGGCUUUGAGCUAACAUCGCCAGCGUUUCUGGACCAGCCUGCAAGUCAUGCCGAGAUACGGCGCGUCGUGGGCCUGCUGCACCAUUUCCAUGUGCACCUGAAUGAAAAUUGCUCGACUCACGUGCACGUCGGGACGGGGACGACGCGGAUGUCGUUCGAGCCGCUGCAUCGUAUCGCGUUGCUGCUGUGGCAUGUCGACUGCCUGUUGAGCCCGCUGCACCCUGAGUAUCGACAGGACAGCAUAUGGUGUAGGAGGACCCGGUGGUACUCAUAUCUGGCACGCGGCAUGACAGCAGAGCAGGCCGAUGACGCCACUAUCGAAGUCACGCUCAGCAAACUACCCCUGACGCUUGACGCUGGCCGGGCCGCGCUGCUUCUGGCGGAGACCAUCUGGGCCCUCGGGCGCCUGAUGGCGUCGUCCGAGAAGCAUAACGCGGCAUACGAAUUCCGCAACUACGAGUCGGCUUAUAUGGCGGCCGAUACAAAGCCGACCCUCGAGUUCCGGCAGGCAGGCGGAACGAUGGACGGGGACUGGGCAGUCCACUGGGCCCGCAUCUGCGUCCGACUGUGUGAGUGGGGAGCCAGAGAGAUGCAAGACGACGAGCUUGAGGUGCUAGCACGGCAGUGUGAGGAAGUAGAGGCAGGCAAAAAGGACAGCUCAAGCGUACUAUUCGGAUUUCUUGCCUACCUAGGUCUCGACGCGGAGGUGAAUUUCCUCCGGAACACCACUCCAGACAAGCGCAACGGGAUCGCGAAUGUUGUUGCGCUUGAUCCAUGA